GGCGGCUGCGCUCGCCCCGGGGCCGCGGGGUCCCGCCAUGGGCUGCUCCAGCAGCGCCCUCCACAAGGCCGGCGACGGCAGCAGGCUCCGCCGCGAAGAAAGUGAGUCCUGCUUUGCUCAGCCAAAACCAUGUACAAUGGGAAAAGAAUCUACUCUUUAUGGCAAGGUACAAAAGGAAAGCCCUCCCCAACUUGAGAAGCUCAAGAUUUCAGCAGUGUCUACAGCUAAUGGUAUUAAAUCACUCCGUGAACAGCCCUCGGCAAACAAUGCUGCAGAUCUACCAGAAGAUACUCAGCUUCUAGAAGGACUCAAGGAGUCUGGGCCACCUCAGCCAGGUGGCACAGAUGUUACUCCAGAAACAGGAAAAAAGAAGAGAGACAUGGGAACAGUGACAGAGGCUCAGCCUUUAAAAGGAAAUGCUGAGACUGAAUCUGUAGAAACAGGCACCAAGUACCAGCCUUUGAGGAUCACAGGAGAGCAGGACUCUCCUGGAGCAGUGGAAGGUACUGAGAAUCCACAAACUGCCAGAGAGAUGAAACCUCCAGGAACAGCUGAGAAAAUCCCUCCUCUGGAAGCAGCUAAAGAACCACAACCUGAAGAAGCAAUGGGAAAGGGUAAACAGACCCAAUGCCCAGAAACAUUUCCCAAGGAGAAUGAAUCUUCAGAAGUAUUGGAAGGAAGUCAAUUUGUGGAAGCAGCUGAAGAGUGGCAACUUCAAGAAACAUUGGGAAAAGAUGAGCUGUCCCAGCCUCUAGAAACAAGUCCCAAAGAGAGUGAGUCUCCAGAAAUAUUAGAAGGAAGCCAGUUUGUAGAAACAGGUGAAGAGCGGCAACAUGAAGAAACAUUGGGAAAAGAUGAGCAGUCCCAACUUCUAGAAACAAUUCCCAAAGAGAAUGAAACACCAGAAAUAUUGGAAGGAAGUCCAUUUGUGGAAACGGCUAUAAACGAUGAUUUGCCCCAUAAAACUCUUGAAGGUCCAGGAAACAUGGAGAAGAUUCAACCUGAAGGAAUAAUAGUUGGAAGCAUGGAGCAUCCAGUGGGAAUUCUAGAAACAGGAGUAAAUAUGGACACAGUCAGGAAAACUCAUACUAAUGAAGAGGACCAACACAUUGAAGGUGAGACAGGAGAAAAGGUUGAAACAGAGACAGAGAAUGAGAAAGGAGGUGAAGGGGCUGGAACAAAAGAAGAAACAGGUGAAGCUGUGGAUCUUUCAGCAGCCACAUAAAUUGGUGUGGUAGUACAAGGAUAACGGACACAGUGUAUUAUAACAGAAAAAUGUGAAGUGUGAGGGUUACAGAUCUUAUCUUUCAAAGUUAUGUAUUUUAUACAAAGUGUGGUUAUUAUGUUCCUGAUUACAUUGUUCCAUAAAACUGCUAAGCUAUGAACAGUUUUCUUAGGCACUCAGAAUAGCCAUACAUUCAGGACUACAAUAGUCACAGCCAAUGACAAGUAGGGUAUACAAUCACUGGAGUAUGAGGGUGUUUUCUUCACUGUGGCAAUAGGUCUAUUCAGUUUAGAAAAUGAGACCCUAAAAAGAAGGUAGAAACCUUAGGUAUAGGUGGCUGGAGAAAGGAGUUAACACAUUUUAGGGAACUCAUGAUAAUAAGGUUAUACAUGUAUGAUUACAGUGGGUAAGAAUGAACAACGUCAAGUCAAGCUAUACCUAGUGUUUCUUGUUGCAGAAUUGAAAGCUGGUAGGAACAUUGGAGUGUGUGUCAUCUAGUUACCUUCUCACCUUAAGUCUAUCUACUACGGUAGACUCUUAUUUAUCAUGGUGUGUUAAAUGUGUUAACAAAAUCCUUGUCAAAAAAAUGCAUUCUGGUGCUAUUGCAAGAUCAGGCAUUUCUACACCGAAAGGCUACACAUUUUUCAUGUGCCAUUUUGAAUUAGCUAUUGAUUUUACACUUAGGUGAAAGAUUUCAAUUAGUGUUGUCCUUUUGACUGACAUUAAUAUAUUUUAAAUCAAUUGGCUCUUAAAUGUAUUUGAGGCAACAAACAAUAAGAAUUAAAACCUAGAUUAGUGGGGCACCCAGGUGGCUCAGUCAGUUAAGCGUCCCAGUCUUGAUUUUUGGCUCAGGUCAUGAUCUCAGGAUCGUGAGAUCGAGUCUUGCAUGGAGCUUCUCACUGAGCUUGGAGUCUGCUUAAGAUUCUCUUUCUCCCUCUCACUCUGUCUGCCCCCAGCCCACCUAGCUGGCCCUUGCAUGUGCUCUGCAAACUUUUUCUCUCUCUCUAAAAAACAAACAAAACACCUAGAUUAGUUGCCUAUGAGAAGUUUUUAUUUUGGGUCUUUUUGUUUGUUUUUUGUUGUUUCAGAUUACUAUAGUUUAAUGUUAGGCUUUAGAGGUAGAAAGGAGUUAAGAAAUUAGAAUUUAAAAACCAUUUAUAAUAUUUUAUUAAUGUUAAAAUGAUGUACAUUGAAAGUUGCUUUUCAAGAAUUCUUCCAAAAUUGCCAAGAGAUUUUGGUAAAAGAUUAUACAUGAAUAGUAAUGAUAGCAAUCUUGUCUACCAUUGAGUGCCUGGUGUUUAUGAAUAUCAGGAUAGAAUUAUAGUCUGGAAACACUUGGUUUCUUUUUCUUAAAUGUAAAUAUAUAUUUUUAAGGUAACUGCUCAGAUGAAUUAACUAGAAUAUUUUACUUUAGCUUUUAUAUUAAAAUGACUAAUAAGAUGACCUAUAAUUAAUUUCAAGGAUAUAGGAUUCAGGGAAGAAUUAUCAUCUUUAUUCUGAUUUUAACAUUAGUUUAUGCUUCUGACCUUAAAGAGCUGAAGUAGACAACAAAAGGAGGUACUUGAGUAGAUGACAUCCUCUUUUCUGCAGAGUGGCUGGACUGUGAUUUUAUUGAGAGCAAGGACUAUUUUAUGUAUCUCUAAUUCAGGCAUUUAGCUCCUUUAGUAGAAUAUGAUAGGUGCUUGAUAAAUAUUUGUCAAAUCAAUCAAUGAAUAGUAAAUACCAAGGGUUCACAUUUAUUUAUAAUUCAUUUAAAAAGAAUAUAUUUAAAAUCUCAGUUUGUGUAGCACAUUUUCACGAGUGCUGCUCAAGCUCAGUAACAAGCUAUAUAUCUUGUUUAGUUCUGAAAACAGCACUAUUUUUUGGUCAGAAAGUUACAUAAAUCAGACAUGAUAUAAUAUCUUUCAAGCUGCCUUUUGUGACCCAAAGGUGUUUUUCCUGACCAAAAGGUAUUUUUAUACAGAUAUCUAGUAACUAGAAAAUGAUAGAGCUUAGUGUAAAAUAUGAAAAUCACCUUAAAAGGUGGAAUUGUAUUUUGUAUCAAGUACUGAAAUAGUAGGAUUCAUUUACUUAAUAGACAUAAAGAUCCAUUCUGUAUUGUGUAGAUUAUCUUUUUUUAAUCCGUAGCAUGUGUUAAAGAAAUUUCUUUAGAACUGAUUCUUGAAACAACUCUUUCCCAAAGCAUUAUAUAGUGGCAAUGUAAGUUUUCAAGUUGUUUGUUAAUCUUAUUAUUUUCCAUUAAUUACUAGGUUAUUUAUUCUUGGAUUUUUGAAAUUUGUAUAAAUUUCUGGUACUUUUUAUACUUUGGCCUUUAAUGUGGUUACUAAGACAUUUUUAGAAACUGUUCUUAUUCUUUUAGAUAAUACUAGUAAUUUUUUUAUUAAAACCUAUAAAUUAAAAGUUCCAUAAUAUUUGAGUAUCCUAGAAUUGAAAUAUUUCAUCUAAAUAAGGAUUUAUUUUUUAAAAUAAAAUUAAAGUAAUAAGCGCCUGUAGUAAAACUCAAAUAAUACAGAAAGGUAUAAAACGGGCAGUAAAGUUCUCCCUCCCAUAUCUUUUAGACUUUCUAUGAAAGGAUAAUUAGGUUUCUUGCAUAUGUUUCCACAAGAAGGUAGUAUAUAUGCUAUGCUAUAUGCAUAUGCUACAACGUAAGUGUAUAUUUACAUAUCCACAUUUUAAAACACAAAUGAGAAUUUACAUAGCCCUGUGUUGUAAAAAGUGCAUAUAAAAACCACAAUCUAUCCUUCCCUAUGUUCGACUUUUUCUCUUUUGCCUAAGACUGAUGGACAGCGUAGCCAAGUGGUUUCUGCUUCAAAGUGCUCAGACUCUGAGAAGAGAUUAUCAGUUUUGCUCCAGAUUCAAAACAUAGAAGUGACUGGGUGACGGGCACUGAGGUGGCAACUUGACGGGAUGAGCACUGGAUGUUAUACUAUAUGUUGGCAAAUCAAACUCCAAUAGUAAAAAUAUACAAAAAACCCCAUAGAAGUUGGACAAAAGGAUUGAGCCGUUUGUAAGGAAUUCAUAGAGAAACUAUCAUCAGGACUGGAUUCUCUCAUCCUGGGGUGCUAUAUAGGAUUGUAGCCCCUUUUGUGGUCUACUAAGAUAAUUUCAGCAUUUUCUACAAAUAAGUGGAAGGGGAAAUGGAGAACAAAUGGUUUGCCUGCUAGCAAUCCCGGUAUGGAAUGUUUACCAACAGAGGGUGCCAGUUGCAAAGCUAGGAAAUUCCCAGUCUGAUGUCAGAAUUCUUGGCCAGAAGUGCUGUGUACCCAGUCCCCUGGGGAACCCACAGGGUAAGAAUAUGCGGUCAACCUGUGACUUUAGUGCCUUUUCCAUUUCGACUUUGGACUAAAAGCUCCUAACAACUUGGAACAGUCAAAACACCCAUGUCCCUUUUAACAAAUGCUUUGUUCUACAUUUGGCCUUGAAUUAAAAAUAAAAAUGGCUUUAAAAGGAAAA